AUGCUGGGUGGCCGCGAUCCUCUGGCCCCAUUCCUCGUCGCGUCCCUCAAGCGUGCGGCGCGCCUCCGCUGCGGCGAGCAGCUGCACGCGCUCGCUGCCAAGUCGGGCCUCCUCGCCUCCAACGCCUUCGUUCGCAACUCUGUCCUCUCCUUCUACUACCGCCUCCCAUCCUCCCUUGCCAGCGCGCUCCAGCUGUUCGACGAAACACCCACGCCGCUCCGCGACGCCACCGCGCGCAACAGCGUCCUCGCCGCGCUGACUCGUGCGGGCCAUCUCGACCGCGCGCAGCGCCUGCUCGAGGAGAUGCCACGUAUCCACAGGGACGCCGUCUCGUACACCACCCUCGUGACCGCGCUCGCUCGCGCGGGGCACGCGGGGCGCUCCGUGGCCGUGUUCCGCGGCAUGCUCUCCGAGAAUGUUGUUCCCAACGAGGUGACUCUCGCUGGUGCGAUCACGGCGUUCGCUCGCCAUGGGGCACCGGCGACAGUGGGGAUGAUCCAUGGUUUUGCUCUGCAGCGGGCGCUGGAUGGGUUCGUCAUUGUAGCCACCAACCUGGUUCAUGCCUAUGCAGGGGUGUCAGAGCUUUGUUCUGCGCGGGCCAUGUUUGAUGGGAUGACGCACAGGAACACAGUCACUUGGAACGUAAUGCUCAAUGGAUAUGUCAAGGCAGAGAUGAUAGACAUGGCUGCGGAGGUGUUCUGGAGGAUCCCAGAGCGAGAUGAGGUAUCUUGGUUGACAUUGAUUGAUGGAUAUAUCUGUGCAGAUCUCAUAUCAGAUGCAAUGAAGGCAUAUGUUCAAAUGGUGGGUGAGGUUGGUGCAAAAGACAACGAGGUAUUGCUUGUUGAUUUGGUGAAGGCGUGUGCUCGGUACUCUGCUGUUACAGAAGGCCAACAGCUGCAUACAGUUAUUCUGAAGAAUGGUUUUGAUGCCCAUGCAUUUGUGCAAGCGACCCUGGUGCAUUUCUAUGGGUGUUGUGGUCUUAUUGGCCUUGCCCAGAAGGCAUUCAGAUUGUCAGACAAGUCACACACAGCAUCGUGGAACGCUCUUUUGGCUGCUCUACUGAGGAAGGGCCUAAUUCAUGAAGCAAGGGAGCUGUUUGAUGAUAUGCCUAAAAGGGACACUGUUUCUUGGAGUACAAUGAUUGCUGGGUUUGUGCAGAUUGGACGUUCAGACAUGGCUUUGAAGCUAUUCUAUUCAAUGUUGAAUACGACUGCUGAACCAAAUGAGGUCACGUUGGCCAGUGCUCUAUCUGCAAUUGCUGAUUCUGGCACAUUGGACCAAGGUAAAUGGAUCCAUGACCAUAUAAUGAACAGACCAAUCCAGCUUACUGAUAACCUGAGUGCUGGAUUGAUAGAUAUGUAUGCCAAGUGUGGCAGUGUUGCUGAUGCAGUGCAGUUUUUCAAUUGCGCCAAUGAUAAAUUCUCUUCCAUUUCACCAUGGAACUCUAUGAUUUGUAGUUUAGCCAUCCAUGGUUAUGCGCAUAUGUCACUUGACCUAUUUUCACAAUUACAGAGGACCAGUAUUAAGCCCAAUUCAAUCACAUUCAUAGGUGUUUUAAGUGCAUGCUGUCAUACUGGGAUGGUAGCCAAAGGAAAAUAUUAUUUCGAGUCCAUGACGAGGGAAUAUGGGAUCCAGCCAACAAUUAAGCACUAUGGUUGCAUGGUUGAUCUCCUUGGUCGAGCUGGGUACUUGGAAGAGGCUGAACAGUUUGUUUCAAUGAUGCCCAUGAAAGCAGAUGUUGUAAUUUGGGGCAGCAUCCUUUCAGCAGCAAGGGCACAAGGAAAUGUCACAUUAGGAGAGAAAGCUGCUGAAGAAUUGGCAAAGCUCGACCAAACCCAUGGCUCAUCCAAAGUAGCCUUGUCUAACAUUUAUGCCGAUGCUGGUCACUGGGCCUAUGUUUCAGUUGUGAGGAAGGAACUCCAGGAUGAAAAUUUUGAGAGACUAGUUGGAAGAAGUGGCAUUGCACAAUGCUGUGACCAUUGUUUUCUCUUGAAACAAAAGCAGAAAUUCUCUACUGCUGGACAGAGUUGUGCUGUUUCAGUGGUGCUAAGAUCUAUCCUGGGAAGGGUGUCAGAUUUACCCGUGCAGAUUCACAGCGAAGCUCACAUGGACAGCCAUGUACAUGAAGCAGCACAAGAAGAGGACAUUCAUGCUGAAGCUAUAAAGAAGAGGCGCGCACCACCAAGAAACCUUACUCCAGGUCAAUUAUUGAUGCCACCCUUGAAGUCAUCCAGAAGAAGAGAACUGUGA